AUGGAUUCAGACAACGCCGAUAGCUUUUGCUUGUUUUCGCUGAAGCCCGCGAACCGACCUGCGGGUGAUACCGUCCGUCGUUUGUGUCGCGGUCGAGCCAGGAAGCUGACGUUCCGCACCGACCAAGUCUCGCCAAACUUUCCCCGUGCCAUCGCAGCUCUGGGUAAUGUACCUAGCAGCGACGAUGUUUUGCUGAGGCCAUACGGGGUGCUAGGAACUCAGUGUUAUUUUGUCAUGACGCCGGUCGGAGACCUUAUGCUGUGUGAUAUUCCUGACACGCCCCCCACGAUUUUGUCAGCCUGCAAUGAUGCCGACCAAGUGGUGUCGCAGUACGUCAUCCGGUGGCCGGGUGACAACUGCGUCUUGCCCAUGUGCGCCGACUUGACGUUUAUGAUCUCCUUCAGCAGUGGGGAGCUGUUCAAGUUUCGCUGGGAAGUAGGCCUGCACUGGGACAACGUGAGAACCACCCGGGAGGCGCUCUCCAGGCAGUACGCUUGGCGUGCGGCAAGUUUGGACGCUCAGGGGCCGUCUUUUCCCAUCAGUGGCCGCGGGAUAGUCGAGCCAAAGACGCAACUCACGCCAGUGAUUGACGACGAGCCAAUCUCCAAACUGGUCGUCAAGGAGACGCACAAGUACAGACUCAUCGGCGAGGGCUGGUCAAGCUUUGUCCAUCAUGCAGUGGACAUUCGCGACGGCAGAGAGUACGCAGUCAAGUCCAUCAACAUGGUCAAGGUCAAUGAGGAAUGGAACAAGCUUGUCGCUGCCGCGGUGCAGUUCAAGUUGGAAGUGGAGAGUCUUGCCGUACUACACCAUCCAAACAUUAUCAAAGUAAUCCAUUCGCAAGGAUGGUCGAAUGAGCGCCCCGUCGAAGUCUUCAUGACGCUUUACCACGGGAACGCGACCAGUCUAGUCAGGAAACAUCGCUGCGACAAAAGGGUAUCCACGGAGAAUUCUAGGCAUUUCCCCAGAUUCUUGAUCGACUGCCUCGGUGCCCUUGACCACCUCCACAGAAAGGACCUCGUUCAUAGGGAUGUAAAGCUUGCGAAUAUCCUGUUCGCGAGGACACCGGCAGGGCUGGAAUUUGCCCUAUCCGAUUUCGGGGUGGCUACACUAGACGAUGACGCCGAGGGCCACUACGGCGACCGAAUUUACACGCCGCCGGAGCUCGCCGAUCGCAAGGGCAAGGCCACCUCGGCGUCCGACAUGUACGGCUUUGGCAUCGCCAUCCUGGAGUUUCUCGGCGUCGUGUGUCGCGACUGCUACUACGUCGGCGAGAGAAAGUGGCGCGCCAGGAUGCGGGCCAGCGACUACAGAGGCAGGUACCAAGACUUUGCCUUUCCAAGAGAGUCGCACUUUUGCUACGCGAGGAUUCAGUAUCUGCGCGAACACAGCCGGAUCAGUUCGACCGUGAAGAGGAUGCUUGAGCCGGAGCCGGGGGUGCGACCUUCGGCGGAAGAGGCACUUGUGGAACUUGCAAACUAUUAUGAGUUUAAUAUUCCGGCUCAUAUUUGGCCUUGGAGCAGCUGA